AUGUCGGACUCCGAGGAACACCACUUCGAGUCGAAGGCCGACGCCGGUGCGUCAAAGACUUAUCCGCAGCAAGCCGGCACUGUCCGCAAGAACGGCUACAUCGUCAUCAAGAACCGUCCGUGCAAGAUUCCCCAUGUCAACCGUACUGACUACCAGCUGAUUGACAUAUCUGAGGAUGGAUUUGUCAGCCUGCUGACUGAAAGUGGAGGCACCAAGGAUGAUCUUAAGCUCCCUACUGAUGAAACUCUGCUUACCCAGAUUAAAGAUGGAUUUAAUGAGGGGAAGGAUCUGAUCGUCACGGUGAUGUCUGCUAUGGGUGAGGAGCAGAUUUGUGCUCUGAAGGAUAUCGGCCCCAAGAACUAG